AUGAUCACCACGAACGAGUUCCCCGCCAGCGACUUGAACAGCUAUGACUAUGUCAUCGUGGGAGGUGGCACGGCGGGUUGUGUUAUCGCCAGUCGAUUGGCCGAGUACCUGCCUAACAAGCGCAUCUUGGUCAUUGAAGGUGGCCCCAGUGAUUUCAACGACGAUCGUGUCCUCAACCUGAGAGAAUGGUUGAACUUGUUGGGAGGCGAGUUGGACUACGAUUAUCCUACCACCGAACAGCCUAAUGGUAACAGCCAUAUCCGCCACUCUCGUGCCAAGGUGCUGGGUGGUUGCUCUAGCCACAACACCCUCAUCUCCUUCCGUCCUUUCGAGUAUGACUGCAAGAGAUGGGAACAGCAAGGCUGCAAGGGCUGGUCUUUCGGAACUUUCACUCGCGUGCUUGACAACCUGCGCAACACCGUCCAGCCUGUCCACGAGCGUCACCGCAACCAGCUGUGCAAGGACUGGAUCGAGUCUUGCUCGACUGCCAUGAAGAUUCCCAUCAUCCCCGAUUUCAACCGGGAGAUCCGUCUCAAUGGCGAGUUGACCGAGGGUGUCGGAUUCUUCAACGUCUCCUACAAUCCCGACGAUGGCCGUCGCAGCAGCGCCAGUGUCGCGUACAUUCACCCUAUCCUGCGUGGAGAAGAGAAACGCCCCAACCUGACCAUCCUUACCAACGCUUGGGUGUCUCGCGUGAACGUUCAGGACGACACCGUCACCGGAGUUGACGUGACUCUGCAGUCCGGAGCCAAGCACACCUUGCGCCCCAAGAAGGAAACGAUUCUGUGCGCCGGUGCCGUCGACACCCCCCGACUGAUGCUGCUGUCCGGAUUGGGUCCCCAGGAGCAACUCCGCUCGCUGGGUAUUCCCGUCGUUAAGGACAUUCCCGGUGUCGGCGAGAACCUUCUCGACCACCCUGAAAGUAUCAUUCUUUGGGAGCUCAACCAGCCCGUUCCUCCCAACCAGACGACCAUGGACUCGGACGCCGGCAUCUUCUUGCGCCGAGAGCUUCCCAAUGCCGCUGGAACCGAUGGUCGCGCCGCCGAUGUCAUGAUGCACUGCUACCAGAUCCCCUUCUGCCUCAACACGGAACGUCUCGGAUAUGACUCUCCCACCAAUGCUUUCUGCAUGACCCCCAACAUCCCCCGCCCCCGCUCCCGUGGUCGCCUGUACUUGACCUCCGCCGAUCCCCAGAUCAAGCCCGCCUUGGACUUCCGUUACUUCACCGACCCUGAGGGCUACGAUGCCGCCACCAUUGUCGCUGGUUUCAAGGCUGCCCGUGAGAUCGCUCAGAAGGCGCCCUUCAAGGACUGGAUCAAGCGUGAAGUGGCUCCGGGCCCCAAGGUUCAAACCGACGAGGAGCUGUCUGAGUACGGUCGUCGGGUGGCCCACACCGUCUACCACCCCGCCGGUACCACCAAGAUGGGUGAUGUGACCAGCGACCCCUUGGCCGUGGUGAACUCCCAGCUCAAGGUCCGUGGCUUGAAGGGUGUCCGUGUCGCCGAUGCCGGUGUCUUCCCCGAAAUGCCCAGUAUCAACCCCAUGUUGACUGUCCUGGCCAUUGGCGAGCGUGCUGCCGAGCUGAUCGCCGAGGAGGCCGGCUGGAAGCGCGAGCAGCCCCGUCUGUAA